CUUUUUUCUCCCUCUAACCACUUCUCUCCGUCCUGCUCUCACCCUUUUUUCGUAUUCCUUUUUUUGGUUUUUUUCUUCGCACGCAGGCAGGCCGCUCAGCACAUUAUUCUGAAGACGCUUUGCUACUUUUCAGCACGCAUUUGCAUUAUUCGGUCGGCGAUAAGGGACAGCUCCAGCAUCGAUUACAACCUCGCGAUCCUAGCAUUGGAGGUUGUGUUAUUGAUGUAAGGCGGCCCUUAGCACUGCUUCAUAGAGGAUCGUGGUCAAUAUUAGAGUAAGGCGUAAUUGGGCCGGUGUCUGGUGGUCCCGAGGCGGGUUGCGGAGGCUCGCUUCCGGCAGAAAAAAAAAUCAUGGCUCAACGGGACCAGCACCAGCACAUGCAUCAGCACCAGCACCAGCACCAAGAGGCUGCAGCGUCCGGGCACUUUGACAUCAGUCGCAGCGGCAUCGGUCCUGCGCCCGGUAGCGUGGCACCCCCGCCGCAAAUCAUCGUCGACGGUGCAGCACCUGCAUCAGUUCCACCAUCAGCAACAGCAACAGCAACAGCAGCAGCAGCAGCAGCAACGGCAAUAGCACCAUCAUCAGCAUCAGCGAAUUCGCACCUGUCGCACUUUGCUCCUUUUCCCUCAAAUCCAUCGCCCAUACCCUCUGCAUCUUCUUCCUGGUCCAACACCGCGCAGCCUGGCUUCUACACUAAUCAGGCCAAUACCUUUCUGACAUCUGCCUCCGCCGCUGCCCCGGCUUUUGCCCUCGUCAAUCCUCCGUCGUCCAUCGCCGCAUUCGAUCCGUCGUCUGGCAGGGGCGACGUCGACCAAAGCGCGACGUCGUACCCUCGCACCACGCACAAUGACCCGUCCAGCUCUACUCACCACCUCGAGCAAGCCGGCUGGACGAGUCGGGCUCCUUCGACGUUCAAUGACGUCCCAGGCCCCAGCCAGCAUCGUCAGCCCGUGACUGCGACCUUGCGCAAAGCGACCUCGACAAGCAACGCUAGCAUUGGUGGGCCGAGAACCCAGAUGGGAGAGCGACCAAGGGCACCGAAGCAGCCGUCAACGUCGCUUGCCCAGGCCAUGACCGACGAUGACGACGAGAUCCAAAGUUCUGCCAGCUCCUCCGCUGCGGUCGACCAUGCUGGCAAGGGCGCCCCAGUUCGAGCACAAGGGCCCGCAAAUGCCCCGACGACCGAUGACACUGCCGCUUUGGCUGUCGCUGCAAAUGAGAGCGCGACAGAGGCAGCCGCUCGUAAACAGAACACGGCCUGUGAUGCGUGCAGGAACCGUAAGGUUCGCUGCCAUCGGAUUCAGGGAGAAGGCAAGUGUCUACAUUGCAAGGCAAAGGGGAUAGAUUGCACCACAAUAUACGUUCAGCUGGCUUCGACGGGAGCAAAAAGGCCCACCAAGCGUGCAAAACAACAACCAGGCGAUGCUGAAGGCACGACGAUCGCAGACGAUCAGAGUCUCAUUAGGUACCUCUUGUUGAGGGAUGCAGACUACGGAAAUGCCGUCUCGGGUCUCUCCUACGAGCCUCCCGGGUCGACGCCGCCUGCAGUCUCUAUCGUCAUGGCACGGAAACCGACCGUAAUGACUGGUGCCCCAACCACCGCCGCCGAGUCGAGACUGUCCAAUGCCACGGCUCGAGCCGCAUUUGUAGCGGACCUUGUGGAGACCUACUUUUCCAUCGUCCACAUUCGCUAUCCUAUCAUCGACGCCGAUGAAUUCCGAUCGCGAUUCUUCAAUCACACCCCCGAGCUUGGCGGGCCACCUCCAGAUGUUUUGGUGGCCGUGAUCCUGGCCUGGGGUGCAAAGUUUACCGAGAAUCCGAUCAUCGUCGCCGACAGACUUGAGGCUGCCAACGAGCUGACUCCGUCUCAAUGGCAAAAGCGGCAGGCAUCUGCCGCGGACGUUGGCCCAGCGAGCGAAAGCAACAAGGUACAGCGACAGUACGGCGAGCAAAGGCUGAGAGCACAGGAUCUGCAUUCAUCAUCGGCGAGAAAUCAGGCGCGCAUCGUCGGGCGCAGCCGCAUUGCCCAGGACCUCAUUGUCAAGGCUCAAGAGGUCCUGGACCGUAACAAAGCCCAUCGCCAUGCCACAGUCGACAAUAUCAAGGCCGCAGUCAUCAUUCAGGCCCUUUUUUGGCAGCAGGCCGACGCUUCGGAGGAUGACACGACGACAACGCAAAUCUCACAACUGAGACCAAAGCCACGAAGGGGUCUGUACAUUUGCAAUGGCAUCUGGAUCAUGUGUGCCAUCUCGCACCUCAUCGAACUCCGUAUCCACCUCAAGUCAACCCUCGCCACAAUACAGGACGAAUCGGCAAAGACUCAGCUCGCCAUGACGUGGUGGAUGGUCUGCAUGAUGGAUGCACACAUGAGCGCCUUCUACCGCCGAAAGCCUCACCUCGACUUUGAGGACUAUUCUUGCGAUCCUCCAGAGCCGCCCACGGGGCCACAACAUUCUGGGCCAAAUCCUCUCGCAGCCUCGCAACAAUAUCGGAUCUGGCUCGAAUCGUCCCAAGAUCAAGUUGAGAUGAUGCGCUACGUCUGUGAGACGCUGUGGAGACCCCGCGCGCAGAGCGAAGGCAUCUCCGCCAAGAAGCUCGACAAGCUCAUGAGGCUGGCUAAUCAUUGGCGUAACAAGCACCUCGCCGUCGUAGGAGCACCCUCACCAUCGUGGCCCUCUCACUGGAAUUUCGCCGAUGCUGUCACAGCUUGUAGCUCCGACUUCAACUACUACAUCGUCUGGAUCCUUAUGUGGGAGGCCAUCGACGAAUACGGCGUUUACGAGCUCAAGCAAAGGGCUUCAAUGGAAGGGACCGCAUCUUCGUCAAACUUUCCCUUCUUCGGCCUCGCAGUAAACCCGCACGCCUCAAGCGCCCCUUCGAUUCGAGAGCAGCUUCUCCCUGGUCACCCGGGUGUGGCCAGUUCGAUCGACCCAGAAUUGGACAUCGCAAAGGUCGAAGCAAUGGUGCAGACUGUUCAGGAGGAAGCUUUGUUCGCAGCGCUUCGGGCUGCCUCAUUGACGCAAGUGUUGUGCGACAAUGGCUACCUUAGGCUCGAAGCGGGCAUUAUGAAGGUUUCCAUGACCGAGGCAGGCUACUGCCUCUCGCGAUUCAAGAGGCCCGAGAUAACGUCGAUCAUCGAUGGAUUGAGACAAUAUGGCCAAGCCUUCGAGGAAUGCUACGAACAGGCCAAUGAAUUAGAGAGACUCGCCAGUGCCUACAUGUCCAUAGGGCCAGACUCAGGCUUCUCAGGAGGGGACGAAGCGAUGGCAGAAGCGGAGCGACACUAUUCGGCCCCCUUGGCGAUCCCAGGCUCCAGCACCGAACCCGGGAUGGAAUUUCAACGAAGCGCUGCUGGCGUGUCUUCUUCAGUGCCCGGCACAGGAUUUCGACCAAAUAACGCAGCUCAUGCCUACUUUGACGGCCAAGGUCCGGCUCAGCACCCACAGCAUGAGAUGCAGCCACAUCCAUCCUAUCAGAGCAUGGCUUCUGCUCCCAUCGCUACGUCGUACCCACCAUCCUCGUCAAGCUACUUUCACUAUGCCCCCCAACAGCAACCAAACCAAAUGAGCGUACGAAGCAGUCAUGAAGCUUCGCAGAGAUUUUGAUCUCCAUGUUCACCUCUGAAUCGCUUCACCAUCAUGAGCCCUUUGCUCCUUUUCAGGGCGCUCCAGUCUAGCUCUCAUCCUUAUCAUCUUUUACACCAAUUUGCUCAUGUCUGUACCAUCAAGAAUAGUCAUCUGUCCUCAUUGCCAAUCAUUCUUCUCGC